AUGAUCGACGCCGCAGCCUUCCCUCACCUCGUAGAUGCAAUCCUCGCCAACGCCAGCCCAGACGCCCUCGAAUGCUUCCGCACCACUUCGCGUUUAUUCCGAGACCGCGUCGAUGCGCUCUUCGCCUCACGCCUGAAACAUUGCAUCCUCUCCUCGUCGAAUGGGAUAACCGUCACCGCCCGAAACGGGACAUACGCCGGUAUCCGCGCACCCCUCACCCAAGUGAUGCGCGAUCGAUGCGCCCUCAUCCGCGUAAUCGAGAUCGAGACGUCUGACCCCGCCAUAUCCGAACUAACAGCACACAUGAAUCCCGCCUGUGUCAUCCUACCCUCCGCCACUGGACCCCGCACGAUCCCCAUCAAAGCGCAUAUGGUACUGGCCGUCUACACGCCAGGCGAGUAUCCGUUCGUCAUUACCGCCGAGUCGGUCGUCGUCGAAUAUCGGCCUGUCCCAGACUCGCCUGCUCCAACUUGCCCUUCGCGGGCGUGUACUGCCGUACUCGACUGGCUUCCCCCAAUCAAGGCGAAGGAGGUCAUCCUCAACUUUCGCCAGGUGUCCGAACUCCCCGAAGCGCAUGCUUCACAGCUCCUCCGCGCAGUCGCUAAACUCAUCAUGGGCGGAGCGAAUAUCCUCAUGGUCGCGGCGGAUCGGGCGUUCGCUUACGAUUUGGCGGUGGGUACUCGAGAACACGAGUUGCCGGGGCACGCGAUGUACGCCCUCGUCGGGCAUAUGUUUGCCGAGGCGCACAGCCGUGUCUCGGUGCCCAUGGGACCGAGAGUUGCGACGAUGGUCAAUGCCCAAGUCGCAAAGGCGCUUGAGCGGUGCAAGGUCAUCCCGCUCGAGGAAUGGAUGGCGAUACAGAAACCGGGAGGUGUGGGAGUAUAA